UGCGGUUUUUUGACAAGUGCGAGUUCAUUUGGACGUUUAUGUUUAUGUUGACAUCUGUACAAACUUGUAAAACGUGCUUUUAUUUUAGUAUUUAAAUUUUAUACCAGCCUGUACGAAAAAUGCAGUGGAAUUGUAAUAGAUGAAAGAAGAUGAUACCUUUAUCGGAACUACUGUCUGCUCUUAUUGGCGUGGCUCAGAAAGGUGCACAUGUUGCUUCAAUUAUCCGGUCCGAUGCAGAUCUCCUAGAAUUGCUAGUUCAAGAAAAAAGUAGCAAGGAAAAGAAUCCCAGAUUUGUGCAUGAUUUUAAGACUCUAGCCGAUGUCAUUAUUCAGGAAAUGGUGCGACAUGAUCUCAGCAAAGAGUUUGCUGGAAUUGAGAGCCGAAUCCAUGGUGAAGAGAGUAGUAUUUUCACAAACACUCUUGGUGAAACAGUGGUGGUGCAGUUGAAAAAUUCAGUAGAGGAGACUAAGACACUUCUUUGCGAUGUACUAAAUGGCAACUCAGUGGCAGCAGGUCUACUGGCGGAGGCCGUCCAUUCAAGCAUUUCUGCUUCCAUGAAGUCCACAUUUCGUCAUGUGACUGGAGAAAUUCCCAUCUCAGAUGUUUGUGUUUGGAUUGAUCCAAUAGAUUCCACAGCCCAGUACAUUCAAGGACAAGUCGGAUGCCCUAAUGAGUUUGGUAUUGUGAAUGAAGGAUUGCAGUGUGUGACCAUUCUCAUUGGUGCAUAUAACAGAAUAACCGGCCUACCUGUAAUGGGGGUGGUGGUGCAGCCGUUUGCCCACUUCGAUGAACUGUCUAAGAGGUGGAAGACUGAGAUAAACUGGGGUGUGUGCCACAACAACCGAUUCAGUUCGUUCGAUGAUCAAACUAUUCCCAAGCGCAUUCCGACCGUCAUUGUAAGCUCUAGCGAAUCGGAAGACGUGCGUCACAAGUUAUCAAAGGACUUCUGCCUGCAAUAUGCAGCGGGCGCCGGCUACAAGCUACUGUGUGUUGCUCGCGGUCUCGUGGACGCGUACGUUCUCAGCAGGGCGAGCAUCUUCAGCUGGGACUGCUGCGCCCUUCACGCCGUGUUGCUGGCACUGGGCGGGGGACUCGUGGCCUUCAGUGAUGUCCUCUCACAGGACGUGUGUCAGGUGAAAUACAACCAUGUAACUUCCACCAAACACGGCCACAGCAUAGCUGGUGUGGUGGCUUACAGGUCGGAGAAUAAUCGCCAGGCAAUCGUCACAUGUUUGAAGUCAUAGUAUUUAUAUACAUGUAGCAUAAUAGGUUUUUCAGGUAAUCUUGAUUAUAUCAGUAGUAGAGCACUUGACAGAAGUGUGAUAGGUGGUAGGAUUGAUCACCUCUGUGGACUUUUCUUCUAGUUUUUAUUAUCCAUUCCCAGCUAGUGAUACUUGAAAGGUAUGUCCUGUCCUUCCUGUGCUGAGGUGUCGUUAAACAAACAUUCUUUUCCUUUCUUUCACUAUCUAGACCAAGUAUUGAAAUAACAAUAUGUUUGACAACAAAUAGCCAUAGUUUAAAAUUUGCUGAGGUGUCAU